UAUUGUAUUCACAACCAAAAAGAUUGAACAGAAUUGCAAGAUAAAGGGCUCCUAAGCUAAAGAAGAUCAAACCUCGAAACCCCAGUCCUCCGAAACUAGAAUCGGCAGUCUACUUAUGUGCUUCUUUCUUGAAUUUUCUUGAAGAAUAAGAAGAAGAAAAUGUUGUUUCAAGUAGGAGGACAAGGGACGCGUCCUACUUUCUUCGAGAUGGCCGCCGCCCAGCAACUUCCCGCCAGUCUCCGUGCUGCUCUCACUUACUCUAUUGGCGUAUUGGCAUUGAGAAGACCACUCCUUCAUAAGGUGUUAGACUUUGAAGAUGAAUUCUUUGCUUUGCUUAUGCUGGUUCUUGAGACACACAGCUUACGAACAACAGAUGCUUCUUUUUCUGAAUCUCUAUAUGGAUUGCGAAGAAGAGCAGUGAAGAUAAGAGCAAAGAAAAAUGAUGCUUCUUUGAACUCAAGGGAUGGAAUUGAGCUUUCUGGGUUAGAAAAGCGCCAAAGAGUCAUUUCAGUUGUAUUUCUGGUUGUGCUGCCUUAUUUUAAGUCAAAACUGCAUUCAAUAUAUAAUAAAGAAAGGGAAGCCAGACUUCAAGCUAGUCUAUGGGGGGAUGGUGAUGAAACAUUUGGGGAUGCUGAUUAUUUUGAUAGAAGAGAGGGUUCUCUUGUUUCCAGAGGAACUAUGGAUGCAGAAGCAACGGUUAGAUCACGUUUGACAAAGAGACUUCAGAAGAUUGUAUUUGCUUGCUACCCAUGGUUGCAUGCUACUAGUGAAGGAUUGUCAUUCACUUAUCAACUCUUGUAUCUGCUUGAUGCUACUGGGUUCUAUUCUCUAGGAUUACAUGCACUUGGGAUUCAUGUUUGUCGAGCAACUGGGCAAGAACUGAUGGAUACUUCUUCUAGAAUUUCUAAGAUACGAAAUCGUGAACGUGAGAGACUUCGUGGCCCUCCAUGGUUGAAGGCUUUACAAGGAGCAUUAUUGAGGUGUACAUAUACUGUGCUUGACUAUGCACAAACUGGCUUAAUUGCAGCAGUUUUCUUCUUUAAAAUGAUGGAAUGGUGGUACCAAUCUGCUGAGGAGAGAAUGUCAGCUCCAACUGUGUAUCCACCACCACCACCUCCUCCACCUCCAAAGGUAGCCAAAGAGGGGAUUCCAUUGCCACCUGAUAGAACAAUCUGCCCCUUGUGCACACAGAAGCGCGCAAAUCCUUCUGUAGUUACAGUAUCAGGGUUUGUCUUUUGUUAUGCUUGCAUAUUCAAAUACGUAUCUCAGUAUAACCGCUGCCCUGUCACAUUGAUGCCAGCGACUGUUGACCAAAUAAGGAGGCUCUUUCAUGAUGUGUAGGGUCCUUAUUGAUGUAUAGCAUUUUUGGUACAAGAAUUCAAUGAUCAAGUUCACUGUGCUGACAGAUGCUUAGGUACAGGCGAAGACAUUGCAAGAUUGUCAAAAUUAUGUGAACUUACAAUUUGAACUAAAUCAUAUUAAUAACAGUAACAUGCAAGAUUCGAUAGUCCCUCUUGGGCAAUAAUUGUACCCAUCUAACAGUAGAUGUUCACUUAUUUGAAUUUGUAUCCUCGCAAUUUUCUCCCUCGCA